AUGGCGGUACAUGCAGGCCUAGUAACCAUGUCGGAGAAUGGUCACCCCAAAGGCAUCGGGACAUUCAACACCAUGAAGAAGAACAUCGGGAUUCCGGAUGGUGUCAAGCUCGUUGUCAACUACAUCACCUUGCCGUACCAGGCUGACCGAUAUGCGAAUGGCAGCCGAAGCUACUUCUUCUCGGACGAUAACGACGUGGGCAUUACUGAAAUCCAGCGAGCCGUCGACUUCCGUGUCAUCAAAAUGUCGCUGCCCCGUUACCACGAUGCCGCCCCCAUGAGCCAUGACCGACGCAUCCGCGCCCGUAGAGCCCAUCUCACGGCCAAGACGCUCCGAUGGCACUCCCGCAGACUCCCUUUAUUACUACCUGCCAUUCCCCCUCCCAUAGGCUACGCCGACCCGACCCUCCGGCCACCGCGACACCCCCUGGGCCCCGAGAUAUCACCUCCAGCGGUUUAA